CGAUCAAGAUGGUUGAGCUCACCCUGUGCCUGACAACCUCUCGGACUCUCGCGGCGGUUGCUAGUGUCUUCUCUGCGUCGUGGUUCUCGAAUCGACGUAGAUUGCACGUUUUCCGUCUCACGUUCGGGUCGACAGUCGCUACGAUCUGCGACAAUGGGGACUGACUACGCGCUCGUACAUGUGAAGUACACCAUCCCACCAGCUGUGCUUCUCACCCUCCUCUACCGCCCGCUCUGGUCAAAACUCGACACCUACCGCGUUGGCUUUUUGGUAUUUAUCGCCGUUACCGCGACUAUCCCCUGGGACUCAUAUCUUAUUCGCACUGGGAUAUGGAGUUAUCCAAGCCAUGUCAUCGUCGGCCCUACGCUUUUCGAUAUCCCUCUUGAAGAGGUUUUCUUCUUCGUGAUCCAGACCUACAACACCUCGCUGUUGUACCUGCUGCUCAGCAAGCCUACAUACCAGCCGAACUACCUUCGCGCCGCAACUCCGUCUUCGCCGGCGCCUUGGAAAUACCGGAAGUGGGGUGGACAGGUGGUGAUUUCCGCGAUCAUUGCAUAUGGCUGGUAUUGUGUCAAGGCCAACGUGACUGGCACAUACACAGGCUUGAUCCUCGUCUGGGCGGGGCCGGUCUUACUGAUGCUAUGGACGCUUGCAUACCAGUUCAUUUUGGGCCUCCCUCUGUCCAACACCGCGUUACCCAUUUGGCUGCCCACGUUGUACCUCUGGAUUGUCGACACCUUGGCUCUACGGAGAGGCACCUGGGUCAUCAGUGAGGGCACAAAACACGGAAUCCACUUGUGGGAUGGACUGGAGAUUGAGGAGGCUAUCUUCUUUCUUGCGACGAACACGCUAAUUGUGUUUGGUCUGGUCGCUUUUGACAAUGCCCUUGCUAUCCUGCACACAUUCCCCUCGCUAUUUCCAGACCCUGCGCCUCAACUCCCGUCGCCGAUCGUUCUUAUGCAAGCGCUGUUUGUGUCGCCGAAGAAGUACGAUGAGGCCCGUCUUGAGGGUUUGCGAGAAGCCGUAUACCGUUUGAAGCGCAAGAGCAGGAGCUUUUACCUCGCAUCAUCGACCUUCCAAGGGCUUCUCCGCACCGAUCUGCUGCUACUGUACUCCUUCUGCCGUGUAGCCGAUGAUCUGGUAGACAACGCUGCGUCAGCCGCAGAAGCGAGGGGGUGGAUUGCGCAUCUGGAUAAAUUCUUGGACUUGGCGUACAGUGGGCCCAGGUCCAGACCUGCGCUCAUCAAGCUGGUUCACAAGGAGUUUCCAGCUGAUGCACGCUCUGCGCUUGUACAGCUGCCUACCGACAAGUUGUCACGCCAGCCACUGCAGGACCUGCUGCUUGGAUUUGAUAUGGAUCUUGCUUUCGACACUGCAUCGUCUCCGAUUCAAAAUGAGGACGAUCUCAAAUUAUACUCCGAACGAGUCGCGGGUACAGUGGCUCAGAUGUGCAUUGAGCUGAUCUUCCGCACAUACAACAGUAGUCUGAGCAAAGCAGGGCAGCAUGAGGUAGAGAAAGCAGGCAACCUGAUGGGAGUCGCGCUGCAGUACGUCAACAUCGCUCGGGAUAUCGCCGUGGACGCCAAGAUCGGCCGCGUCUAUCUUCCAACGACGUGGUUGGCUGAAGCAGGCCUGAGUCAAGAACUUGUCCUGAAAGAACCUUCCGGGCCGCGAGUUGAAAGCAUAAGAAACCGCCUCUUAGACAAUGCCUUCAAACUGUACAACGAGUCCAAGCACUCGAUCGAACAGCUGCCAUCUGAGGCCGCAGGCCCGAUAAGAGUAGCAGUUGAGAGCUACAUGGAGAUUGGAAGAACAUUGCGCAAGGAAGGAUACGUGGUGAAGGCUGGUCGCGCAACCGUGCCGAAAUGGAGAAGACUUCUUGUAGCCUGGCAGACAUUGAACCAGACGAGCAAGUCGAGAUGCGGACCCUAGUCGUCGAUCUAACACACAACCACAAGCUUAAUGAAUAGAUCGUGCGAACUAUUGAUCAG